UCUGUACCUUAACUUGCCGGGGACGCAGAGCUAUCGCAGGAGUUUGAAGAAGUUUCGCUUCUGUUGCGUUGGCAGUUUGGCUAUAAAGAUGCUUCCCGGAGCUCUCACCGUGUUACUGACUUUACUCAGCCUCACUGAAAGCAAACAGAAAGACUUUUAUACUUUUAAAGUAGUAAACAGCAGGGGGAAGUUAGUGUCCCUGGAAAAAUACCGGGGUUCGGUGUCCCUGGUGGUGAAUGUAGCCAGUGAAUGUGGCUUCACUGAGGAACACUACAAAGACCUGCAGCAGCUCCAGCGGGACUUUGGGCCAUAUCACUUCAAUGUGCUGGCAUUCCCCUGCAACCAGUUUGGGCAGCAGGAACCCGGCAGCGACAAGGAGAUCGACAGUUUUGUGCGCAGGGUCUAUGGAGUCUCCUUCCCUCUGUUCAGUAAAAUCGCUGUCGUCGGAACUGGAGCCAACAAUGUCUACAAGUACCUCGUUGAGUCCUCUGGGAAAGAGCCUGACUGGAACUUCUGGAAGUAUCUAAUUGAUGUAAAUGGCAAAGUGGUGGAUGCAUGGGGACCAAAAGUUUCUGUCAAAGAAAUCCGACCAAAAAUAGCUGAAAUGGUGCGGCAGAUAAUCUUAAAAAAGAAAGAAGAGCUCUAACCCCUUGCUACACAGUGUUCUACAGUAUGAGAUUUAAAUGCAUUGGUACAUGAGCCUAAGGGAUAAAAUGAACACAUUUAUGUCACUUGUACAAUCUGACUUUGUUAGAAUAAAGCAUUCAAUUUGAUAGUGAAAGCUUGUUCUCUGAAAGCACUGAUCAAACAUGCUAUGUUUUUAAAGUCAAUGUCAUGUUUAGUACCAGGUUUAUGACAUUUGAAGCUGCGUUUUUAAGCCAAAGAGCUCCUGCUUCCGUUUUAAGUCGUGUGGAUUAUAUGUUUGGUUUUUUAUUCACUCUGAUUUGUGAAAUAAACGUUAAGUGUGAGACUAGUGAAACAAAA